UCUAUUUUGAAAUUAUCUAGUAUAUUUAUAUUGUUUACAAGAUGUUUUGAGAAUGCAUUCAAUGAAAUUCUUCAAAAUAGAAUUCAUGUAAAAAAAAAUGGUAUCUAUUAACAAAUAAUAUUAUUUUUUGUUAUCAUAGAAUACUGAUAUUUAUGACAUAUUGUUCCAUUUUUUGUAAUUAAAAAAUCGAUUUAAAAUGUUUUUGAUUUUCAUAUUCAUCUUAGUUUAAAUUUUUCAUAAUAAAAUUUUAACUUGUGCAAAAUUUUACAAUAAACAUGCUUAUCAUGUGUUUAAGCAUUUUAACUGAAUUCUAAACACAUACAUCUGCUCAUGAGUACAAUAGCUACAUUAUCAUAUGGCAAGAUAAGAUAGAAAGAGUGUGUCUAAAGCAAUAACUUUCCUUUUAAUGUGCGUAAUACUUUAAUACUUGUUAAAAUAAUAAGACUGUAUACCAUUCAUAAAGGGUGUCCAAAUAAAUAUCGCAUUAAUACAAAAAAAAAUAUAUCAAAAAUAGAAAUGAAAAUACAUAUUUCAUAAACAAACAAAAAUUCGAUAUUCUAACAAUGUUUAUACAACUGCUUGAGAAAAUAACUAUUUGUUCAUGUAGCAUAAUCAUCAAUUUUAGAAAUGAUAAGAAAAAAACUCUCUCCCCUCUGUCCAAAUUUGAUACAUCUCACCUUUACCUAAACGUUCUUUAUAGAUGACCUCUUAUUGAAUUAAUAAUUUCUUGUAGAACAACUAUUAUAAGUUUUUCACAUUAAGCUAUCAACAUCAAUCCUUAACAUCGAAUAUUUUUUUACUCAAUUAAAUUUAUUCUAAAAAGCAGUCUAACAUCAUAAGUACAAGCUUUUGUAGAAUAACAGUAUAGAGUUCCCUUGUUUUAUAGUUACAUAUAAUCAUGAUCAGUAUAACACUACAGAUUACAAUAAAAAUUUAUUUCAAAAAUAAACGAGAGAUUAUUUUGGUCAGUGUGAUCUUCCAAACAGUUUCUAUAUAUAAGAAGUGACAUGAUACAAAAAAGAAAAACAUGAUUUAAUUAUACUCAACGAGAAUAAAACCAAAAAUACUAAAUUAACAUAAAGAUAAAAAUAAAUAUAUUAGCAUGCAUAUAAAUGUGAUUUUCAAGAGACAAAAAUCUAUACAUAGUAUGUUUUAUAAGAGUUCAUUGAAAAAUACUUUGGCUAUUCUUUCAAUCUCUAUUCAUGAUAUUCGAAUAAAAAAGCGUCAGAAAAGAAAUUCAUAAGAAGAAAAUUAUUUCACAUAUUAUAAGUCAUAAUUUUAUUUAUUUAGAAAAGCAGAAAAACGUGUUAAAAUAGUAGAAAACCGUCGUCUUAAACAAAUUAAUGAUAAUAAUCAAGAAUUAGAUCGACUUAUAAAACGCAAUUCAAAAACAGACGAUGAUUUAUCUCUAGAUUUAUCUCUAGAUUUAUCUUCACUUCUUAAUCAAUCGAUUUUAAAUGAUUUCGAUUGGUUUAGUAUACAAUUUAUACAAGAUUGUUUUAAUGGAGCUGUACGAUUAAAUCAAAUAGCUGGUAUGUCAUUUUAUCCAUCAACACAACCACUUGAAUCAACAACGGAAUUAUUUCGUAUACCACUUUAUAUAAUAUCAAUGCGUCUGAUAACAUAUAUAAAACAAUUAAAUGAAUUUGAACAAUUAGAUAAAGAAGAUCAAGUUUAUAUUGUUAAAUUAAAUUUAUUAACAAUUUGUUUUCUUCAUUCAAUAUUUAUAUAUGAUCCAAGAACAGAUUGUUAUCGUGAACAAGAUACAAUUGAUCCAUUAUUUUCAGGAAAAGAUUGGAUUAAAACAUUAAAUAAACAAUUCCAUAAUGAAAUGAAACAAAUACGAAAUGAUUUAAUUGAUAUAUUUCAAUUUGAUGAUAUUGUUAUUAAAUUAUUUUAUGUUAUAUUACUUUUUUCAAAUCGAAUAUCAUUAAAUCAAGCACCUCAAUGUAUAUUAACAUCAAAUAUUAAUACAUUAAGUAUAUUCAAAGCACAAAAUAUAUUUGUUGAUUUAGUUUACAGAUAUUGUUUACAUCAAUAUGGUUCUAAUCAAGCACCUAUAUUAUUUUUACGAUAUAUUAAUAAAUUAAUGAAAAUUCAACAAUUAGUUGAUGAAAUUAAAUUUACAAUAAAUAAUUAUAUUGAUAUAACUGAACUAUCACCAUUAAUGAAAAGUCUUCUCAUGUAA